AUGGCUACCAUCAUGUCGAUCGACACUGAGUUUGGAUGGUACUAUAUGUCAUGCAAAGUGUGCUCUAAAAAGGUGCUUCCUCUUGAGAUGAAUUUGUUGAAGGAGCAAUAUCAAGGGAGGCCAUUUCCUAAACAAUUAUGGAAAUGUGGCAAAUGUAAGGAUGAUGUUGAAAGUGUUGUACCAGCGUUUAUGCUGACUUUCCGUGUUAUGGACAACACUGGCGAAACAAAGUUCUUAAUCUUUGAUAAGCUUGCCAUGGAAGUUGUAAAUCAAACAGCUGCACAAUUGACUGAAUCUGUGGAAGAGAUCCAAGACCCAGACAUUCUACCUCUUCCAAUUAGUAACAUGUGUGGGAAAACUUAUCUGUUCAAGCUAUCUAUUGAGAGUUCAACCAUCGGUUUCAACAGUGACGUCUACAAAGUUACAAAGAUUGUGACCCAAAGUGAUAUGGUCAAAGAAUUCUCAGAAAUAUCCGGAUUUUUGACUACCCCUGAUGUCAAGUCUGAAGAAAUAGGGUUUAUAACUCCCGAUGAACAGGUUCCUAAGAUGUUACUUGACAGUGGUGACGAUGAUAAUUCACCACAGUCAAAAAGGAAAAGCGAGGAGAUGAUUGACUUGGAUGAUCAUAAUGGAGAGCAGUCUACUUCUAAGAAACCUUUCACUGUGGACAUGAAGACUGGAUCGAGUGAAGAAACGAUUUCUCUGAAGCCUGUUAAGAAGGAGAAAGUUGAUGACUGA